CACUUUUCCUCUUCCCCGGAAGUGAAGAGCCGUUCUCGGUCCAGCCGAGGGUUCAGGUGAGCGUUGGACAGCAUCCGCGCAGCGGCUUAGCACCUGGAAGAAAGAGCUGCCAUGGUUUGCAUUCCCUGCAUCGUCAUUCCGGUGCUGCUGUGGGUCUAUAAAAGGUUCCUGGAGCCGUAUCUCUACCCCAUCAUCUCUCCUUUCAUCAAGCGCCUGUGGCCCAAGAAAGCAGUGUCGUCGGGAGCAGCAAAGAAAGACCAGAAGGGCAGCCUUGGAGAUGGCGACCCAGCAGCCACACAGGAGUCUCCUGUGGAUGAGGUUGAGCUUUCUAAAACCAAAAGCAAUGGGAUCAUAAAUGGAUACGCUGGAAACGAGCCUGUUGAGGUAUCUGACAAAAAGACGGAUUAAAGAAGCUUGUGCCGAGGGCUGCGGACAGCUGCGACCGGGAACGAACCAGGGAUGCUGCUCCUGCUUGGGAAAACCUUGCUGAACUUUCGACUGGAAUGGAAACUUAGACACUCUCCACACCCGCACCCGUUUGGAAGUUUUAGCACAAUUCUGUCUAGAUAGUUGGGAAAGAUAGUUCUAAUAUAUGCUCUGUUUCUCUUGACAUUCCCCUUACUGGAAUUUUCUCCAGUGCAGUGCGAUCGGUAGCGGUUUUAGGGUCAAUGUUUUAUGAACUGCUGCAUUUUG